ACUACUCAAAUUUCAGAUAUCUUAUAGCAUUUUAUUUUACUCUAACUUAAAUAAAUCUUGGCAAAGACGUGGAAGGUGAUUUGUUGCCGAUUGGCUCUUGUGGCUGGAAAAGAUCCAGCCCCUUUCUGCUCCACCCACCUAAUCAUAGAGAGCUUAGCCCGCCUUUUUCAAAUUUGAUACUACCUGAAACGUUUUCAGUUGGAUACUACUUGGAUGCUGCCUGAUCAGGAUUACAGGGGGUUUUUUUUAGAAAAAAGCAAGGUAAUGAAAAAGUGUCAAGCAGACCAAUCCUAAUUAUAGGAAGUUGAUAUAACUUACACCGGUGUAAGUUACCCCUAUUCCAGCUCUGUUCAGGAGUCCCCGGGAGAGACUACUUUCAGUCAGAGAUCUGGAUGGAUACUGAUAACUUUUCACUACCAUGAAUGUAGUACUGAAGUGGAUCCCUGUGGUUUUCUAUUUUCUCAAUUAUGUUGGAGAGCGGAGGAAAGGGGUUUACAUUAUCGGAAAUGUUUAUCCUGAAAUUGGCCAAAUUGGGCAAGAUAUGAUAUUACGCUGCCAAGUAGGAGGCUGCACAUCCUCCAGGUUGCAAGUGCACUUAUAUAAGUGGGAAGGCUCCAGAAAUCAAACACUGUACAUCCACAAUAGCACAAAGCAGCACCAGGUUCAAGAAAGCAGCAGAGAAGAGAGAGACGAGAGUGGCGCUCACAGAGGACAGUAUAAGAAUGGGCGCCUUGAAGUGACUCUUUUCCAGGUGCAGCUAGCAAGCGGUGGGCAGUAUGUGUGUGCCAUGACGUGUGAUGAUGUCCAUAAAGAAACAAUCAUGGAGGUGACAGUAGAAGGUACAAUUAAUGUUACUGCUGGGGGAGUUGCCAUUUUUCCAUGCCAUAUGAUCGAGACAUAUGAUCCCUCCCAUUUGAAGCUGCAGUGGAGAAGAAUCAGUCCUGGGAAGAGCAAGACCAUCUAUUUUUACCUGCUGUAUUGGGAUACCUGCCCAGCAGUUUAUUAUGGAGACAAAUUUAAUGCUAGGUGUUCUUGUUCAAAUGGACCCAGGAGCAGAGUGUGGCUUUUGAAGGAUUAUGAACAAAGAGCAGAGAUCUCCAAAAGCAAUAUUCUUGGGAAUGAAAAUGUUUUCCUGAAACUAAGUAACAUUCAGGAGGAAGAUGCAGGGAAAUAUAAAUGUUCAGUGAGAUCUAGCUUGCUUCACAAAGUUGCUAUCUAUGAGCUGAAUGUUAGAGGAGUUUCAAUUGCUGGAAAUGUUUAUCCUGAAAUUGGCCAAAUUGGACAAGAUGUGAUAUUGCGCUGCCAAGUAGGAGGCUGCACAUCCUCCAGGUUGCAAGUGCACUUAUAUAAGUGGGAAGGCUCCAGGAAUCAAACACUGUACAUCCACAGUAACACAAAGCAGCACCAGGUUCAAGAAAGCAGCAGAGAAGAGAGAGACGAGAGUGGCGCUUACAGAGGACAGUAUGAGAAUGGGCGCCUUGAAGCGACUCUUUUCCAGGUGCAGCUAGCAAGCGGUGGGCAGUAUGUGUGUGCCAUGACGUGUGAUGAUGUCUAUAAAGAAAAAAUCUUGGAGGUGACAGUAGAAGAGAUCCACAGCCAGAAUAGUGAAAUCUGGAAGUUCUGUCUUUUUGGUUCUCUGUCUUUCCUCUUGUUACUCAUACUGAUGGGCUGGUAUUUUGCUAAAAACAAGGAACAAUUAAAGACAGAAAAUGACCACCUAAAAACAACAAUAGAACAAUUUGAGACAGAAAAGGAACAAUUAGAGGCAGAAAAAGAACAAUUAAAGACAGAAAAUGACCACCUAAAAACAACAAUAGAACAAUUUGAGACAGAAAAGGAACAAUUAGAGGCAGAAAAAGAACAAUUAAAGACAGAAAAUGACCACCUAAAAACAACAAUAGAACAAUUUGAGACAGAAAAGGAACAAUUAGAGGCAGAAAAAGAACAAUUAAAGACAGAAAAUGACCACCUAAAAACAACAAUAGAACAAUUAGAGACAGAAAAGGAACAAUUGGAGGCAGAAAAAGAAUUCUUAGAUGCCCAUCUCUACAGAGCUGAUGUGGUUUUGGAUCCCAAGACAGCUCACCCAAGACUGGAAGUGUCUGAAAAAGGGAAAUGCGUGAGAGACACAGGAUUUGCUUCUAAGGUUUCUGACGGUGAGGAGAGGUUUGACUCCCAUGCUUUCAUUUUGGCAGCAGAAGGCUUUUCUGAAGGCAAACAUUACUGGGAAGUGGAGGUUGGACAGAAAGAAAAGUGGGACUUGGGAGUUGCCUCUGAAUCCGCUCCUAGAAAGGGAACAAUCACACUGUCUCCUGAGAAUGGCUACUGGGUCAUGGGACUCGAUGGUGGGAAAGAUUACUUGGCUUGGACAGAGGUAUGGACCCGCCUCCAAGUGACUGGAAAACUGACAAAAAUAGGAAUAUUCCUAGAUAUACCUGCUAGAAGCCUAUCUUUUUAUGAUGUCAACAGUAGAAGUAAAUUGCACAUUUAUUAUACCAUAUGUAAUCCUGGGAAGUUUUAUCCAUUCUUCUCUAUAGGCUCCAUAACUUCAAAGAUAGAUAAACAGCCACUGAAAAUAUUUGAAAACAACAAAAAAGGUGAUUCUGGUGGGAAAAAGCAAACAUCCUUUGGAUAGCUGAGAAUCAAUGUCCAAAUCUUUAGUUUAACCAGGAUUCUUUUUUCUUCAUAUUUGUGCCACAAAAUAAGAGACUCAGAAUAGAA